CCUGUGCGCACCUUGUGAAGGUAAAUUGGAAAGCAAUGGACCGUUCUUUUUCUUAACAAGAGGGAUCUUCUACUCGUAACUGAUAUAAGCUUUUGAAAACAGCACUGUCAUGUCAGCUUCUGUUGUCAUAACGUUGGUUCUCUUCACACUUGUCGUUGUAAAUAUCAUCGGAAAUUCACUGGUUUGUGCGAUAAUUCGAAAACAUCGAGACAUGAGGACUCCGAUCAACUAUCUGAUUCUUAACCUCGCAAUGGCGGACGCUUUGUACGCGACCCUCAUCAUACCCAUGUACAUUUUCAGAUUCAAUUUAAGUCACCCAACAGGCUUAGCGGGUGAUGUUCUAUGCGUGAUGUUAACCAAUGGGUCUUUCGCUUGGGUAGCAGCAAUAGCUGCCAUUUGUACUCUGUUGGCAAUCGCCAUCGAAAGGUAUUACGCAGUUGUCUACCCACUUGGAAAUAAAUGGAAAUGUUCAAUCAGUGCCGUAAAGAAAAUAAUAGCUGGCUCUUGGGUCUUCGGGCUUGUUUUUAAUAUCCCGUUAAUCAUGAUCAACAAACUCAGAAACAACUUUUGCGCGGGUAUAUGGCCCGAGGAGUGGAUGGGUAAAGCGUUUGGGGUUUACUCCAAUGUCAUCGUCUUUGGCUCCUUGUUUGGGAUCUUUGUGUUGCACUUUAGAGUCGUGCACACCUUAUGGUUCAAAUCUGCUGGUGUCCGACAAGUGAAUCAAGAGCAGAGUGUGAGUAGCGUCAAGAAUGUCUUACAUAUGAUAUAUGGGGUGAUGGCUUUUACUACCGAUGGUUAGAAG